AUGUCUAGAUCUCGGCGCCUCACUGCCUCUGCUACUUCCCAUAAUCUCCCGGGUCCAAGUACCACACCUUCUUCUGCCACCACCACGACGGCUGCUACCACAACCACCACAGUGGAUCCACCAAAACCAUCCUCUAGUCGACCACACACCCCGCCCCACGACCACAGCAGAGCCCAGCCCAGCACGAGCACUUCAAGCUCUUCCCCCAUGCGCUCUAUCGUCCACGACCCAAACCCCCGCUCACCCAUCCCUCGUGGGGUCAUCCGACCCGCACACACCCACCCCGACCUCACCCCACAACCCUCACCCAAACGCAUACGGACAAAGUCUGGAGGUGGUGGUACUACUACUAGCCCGGAGCGGUCCGGUGGAGCACUUGCGAGCCCAUCGUCGGACUCGCAGAGUGGCAGGGCGGAUAGUGAAGCUGAUACUAAGAAGAAGGAGUCCGGCGAUGCCGCGAACGCGCCCCCUCCCAAGAAGAAGCGGACUCGCACCUUGACGACUCCUCACCAGGCGGCUGUGCUUCAUGCUCUUCUAGCCCAGUCUCGAUUCCCAACAACUGCAAUGCGUGAAGAGGUGGGACGGUCGAUUGGUUUGAGUGCACGAAAAGUCCAGAUCUGGUUUCAGAAUCAACGGCAGAAAGCGCGACGGCCCCGCAAUCAAGGUGAUACUUCCACAAGCAGCCAACCUCCGCAGUUUGGGCCGUACCCUAGCGCCACCCCGCAGGCUCCUGCAUCGGGCUCGUAUCCUUCCAUGAGCGGGGUCAUCGGCCUCUACUCCCAACCGGGACCAUCUCGGCCAUUAGAGCACGCGCAGCAGCCCUCUCCUGAUCGGUUUCGACACCAUUCAGUGCCUCUCACAGAGACUGUCUCCGACGAUCCUCCUCGUUUGCUCGGCCCUGGGAUGCCAGGUACAGAGACCUAUGAUCCUCGCCCUACUCGAGGUCAUGCAGGGGACUGGCCACUCUCAGCCCCUCCGACAGAAGGCCACUUCUCAACGGGCACUCGGGUGCGAUACGACAGCCGACCUCUUCCUCCGCUCUCAUCCCAACCAUAUCCCAUGACCAGCCCACGACCAACAACCUCACAGCCCCGAGGUUGGCGGGAACGAGACAUGUCACGAACUUUACCUCCUUUGGUGCCCAUUCGCCCAGCUACUUCAAGCUCGUUGGGUGUACGCCAUUCAUUUCACUUGGAACCACAAGCUCCAUCAUUGCACGUCAACAUUCCUCCUUUGGCGGGGAGGAGGACCAACUCCCCCGAGUCGAUAUUCGCGCACCAGCUGCCUGAGCCCACCUCGACUCGACCAGUCACGUUGCCUCCUCCUUACACGCUGGAACCACGUCCGCAGUGGGACGAAGCUGCUUACAACCCGGUUACCCGACCGUCGUCCAGUUGGUCUCGUCCGGACUCACGCUCGUCUGAUAAGCGAUCCAUCUCUCCGCCGUCGUCGAGGUUACCCGAACUCGCCCGUCCAACAACCCUGUUGGACUCGAGUCCGUUACGCCACUCGGACGUGAGUGGUGGGGACAGGACGCCGCCACCAUCUGCGCCCGUUGCUCAAACUCGAGUAGCCUCUCCGCCACCCGUCGAACGACGCGCGCCAUCCCCUGGACCAGUUCGUCAAGGCCGUUACGAUCCCCAUCCCAAGAAGAAAAGGCAGCGCCGCAAGGAACCUCAUGAAAAUUCGCAAUUGAAUCCCUUUUACAUUACAACCACCGAAGAAGCGUUCCAAUCGACUUCCCAAAGUUCUUAA